AUGCGGGCGGUGGUGCCCGAGAGCUGGAACGACGAGUUCUUCCAACACACUCACGAGGGGCCGGACGACAUGCCGGGGCACGUGAAGAGCACGCUGCUGGGCUGCGGCGUGGCGGUGCCGGUCGCAGGCGGGUCGCCGGCGCUGGGGGGACAGCAGCGCAUCCAGCUCAACGAGCACAGGGACGUGGGCGGCUGGGGCUGCGGGCACUCCAGGCGGGUGCAGGUGACGGAGCUCCCGGGGGGCGAGCGGCGCAGCCUGGAGGUCUUGAUGCGCGGCGAGCUGGAAGACGUCACGGGCGCCGUGCGACAGGCCGUGCGGGAGGCGCUGCCAGCCGCGGGCGGCGGCCCUGGCUUGGCGCACCUGUUCGCGCCCGACGCGCUCGCUGGCGUGGUCGUCGGCGACGGCGGCGCCGCGCGCGGCUUGGCCCUCGCGCUGGGCGAGCUAACGGCGGACGCGGGCGCCCGCGCCGCGAUCGCCAAGAGCUCGGGGGGUGCCCUCAGAUCACCAGCGAUAUGCGGAGGGGAGCAGGAUACCGAUCGCGCUACCCUGCCCUUAGAGAACGGGCCCAUGGUCCCGGUGGACGCCUGCGGGGAGCUGAUGCUGGCCGGCGGCCAGGCCGUCUGGCUCUACGACGCGGCCCGCGGCGGCCUCGGCGCCGAGGCGGAGGAGGGCACGCCCGCUGCCCGGCGCCUGGUCGUCACGGUCCACGGCGCCGGGGCGGCCACUCGCAACCGCCACAAGGCCAACUCCAACAACGAGGCGACAUUCCAGUUGGACAACUCCCGCCUUAGAUGCGGCGUGGGGGCGUCGGUCCUGCGAGCGGGCGCGGUCGCCAAGGACGACUGCGUGGCGCUGUCCAGCGGGGACGAGGCGCUGGACUGUCUCCAUCCGCCGACGCGCCCCACAGCGGAGCUGCUGGAGACCAACAAGGGCUGCGUCGCGGAGAUCAACUCCGACGACGACGGAGACGACGACAUGGUGAGCGUCGAUAGCGAGGAAGGGAUGGUCGACGACAUCAGCCUGAGCAGCGGCUCCCAAGGAGCGAGCAGCGACGUCGAGGAGGUGGAGCAGACCGUUUUCGCCGUGCCGGGCGUCUCCGUCAGCCUGGACAGAGUCCGCCAGGCCUUCGUCUACCGCUGCCUCGCCACCCUCUUCAUGCAGCGCGGCCCCACGUGGGCGAAGUCGAAGAUCGACAACUUCUUCCAGGACGUCUUCUACCGGCGGGGCGUGCUCACGCCGGAGCAGCAGGGGCAGGUCGAGGCCUGGCAGUCCCGGAUCAAGACGCUGCAGAAGCUCGGGGAGCGCGAGGGGCCGCACGCAGAACUCCAGCGUCCCGAGGAGAAGCAGAAUGGGGAGAGCGUGUUUUCAUUCCCAGGCGGCGAGACGGGCAGGCCAGUGGGCGAGGGCGCGGCGCUCUCCAAGGCAGUCGCAAGGGGUCAUUUGAGGAUGGAGUAUUCCAUCAAGGCUGCACUCGCCGUUUAUUUGCUGCAGGGGGUCUAUUCGGUCAACCUCGUGCUGUGCUUCGUCGUUGGGAUCGCGCUUGGCGUAGUGGUCGCGUUUUCCGACGAGGAGAGUGCCGCCCUAAGGGGGCUGUUGUUUUCCAUUGGCCUCGUCGUCAUCGUGACCGCUAUCGUCAUGUCCGCGUCCCGGGUGUGUGCGCCGUGCUGCCGCGAGGGGCUGGAGGAGGCUGGCCCGUGCUGCCCGUGCAACUGCUUCCUGCACCUUGUCACGCCGCUGUACGUGUACGCGAUGGUUUAUAUGAUGACCGUAAGUUUUGAAGAGGUCACUCCCAUGCUGCACCUCAGGCUACUGAGGCUGAUUCCGCCUGGCCUGUACCUCGCCUCGGUCGUUUGUGCAAUCGUCAAGCUGUGCUUCAUGAAACAGCUGUGCUGCCUAGACCUUCUGCCGAAGAUCGAUUCGCCCACCACCCCACUGGCCGAGGACGCCCCCGUCAUCCUCGGCCAGCCCGUCUCCGACGGGCCCCCCGAGUGCCCGACGCAGCGCGCAUCAGUUUGCCAUGCCCAACCUGGCGAGGGCUGCCAAGCCAAGAUGAGGGCAGCUUGCGACUUGGCCAUCGAGAUCAUGAGGCUCAAUCCGAACCAGUGCUGGCACCCUUGA